AUGACUCUAUUUGAUGAGAUCGAAAAUAAACUCAGUUCAGCAUUCGCUUUCCGAAUACAGUUGUUGAAAUUACUUGUUUCACAGCAUGUGCCAGAUGUUUGGUUUUGUUGUAAAUGUAAAUCUGUUUUAAUUAUUUUUAUCAUUGCGUUACUACUCUCAUUAUUAAAGGAGGAAAUAGACUCGUGUUGUAAAGCACGAGGAAAUGUUGCAAAACUCGUCAAUCGCCUCAGCAAGGAUCUCUCGUUCAAUCGCGGUUCAGAUGUUGCGUUCCGAAGGCCAACAGGUAUGGUUAGGCUCUCAACUGAAUCACUUCCUUGUGGCUCAGCAACAACAACAACAACAACAACAAGCAGCAACAGCGCAGUACGUAUAGCAAAUGUACGAUUUUCAUAUAAGGCAGCACAUGACGAUGAAUUAAACUUGGAAGUUAAUGAUGUGAUUGAAGUCAUUGAAGAAGCAGAAGCUGGUUGGAUGAAAGGCAAAUUACGUAGCACUGGUGUGAUUGGUUUAUUUCCCACUAACUUCGUGGACUUAGUUGAGACGCAAUCAGGCAGUGGCAAUGGUAUGGUGAAGUUAACGGAAACGAAGAAGAAAGGAUCUGAAUUUAUUUUAGAUGACUCACCAGAAGCUUUACAAAGGACAUCAACGGUCGAUUCAACUUCUAAGUCCAAAUCAUCCUCUUCUUUGCCUUCAUCAGAUAAUAAGAAAGAGGUAGGAUGUGACGGCGACGGUCCUGCGAAAGAGAUGGCGCGUGUUCUUUACACAUACAAGCCUGAACAUGAUGAUGAAUUGGCGUUACAAAAAGUUGGUGCACUGGUAACGAUCGUCAGUAAGACGUGUCCUGAUCCUGGAUGGUUUAUAGCCGAGGUUGACGGUAAACGUGGAUUAAUCCCUGAUAACUUCGUUGAACUAAUCACUUCAUCAACUUCAUCGCCAGCAAACGUUUCGUCUGAUAGUCAUAAAAUUGCAUCACCAUCCACGAUUAGCACCGUGCCUCCUCCAGUAGUUCCCACUAAGCCCACAAAACCUCCCGGUUUGGGCGUUUCAUCUACGGGCGGUAUACGACGUGUCAGUUCGAAUUCUUUUGCAGCAACAUUGGCCGAUGCACUCACCAGGCCACCAAAACCAUUUGUGAGCAAGGUAAUAAUUAUUAAUGAUAUCUUGCAGAUUUGCAACGAAAAAUUUGUUUACGACGUUGAUUGCGUUGUUGUAUCCCGACCUGAAGACAACUCAUCAUCGGAACCACGUGCUGGAGAUGAACGUCUCUCUCAUAUAACAACCACUCGUCCUAAACAGCCAAAAAAACGUCCACCAUCAACAAUCUUAUCAAAAAGAAAAUCCACUGACAAUAUUCUGGAACUAUCGAUUGCUGAAGAAGUAAAUUCUGUGCCAGCACCAGCGGCAGCGCUGAGUUUUUCAACGUCACCGUCCUCAUCUACCAGUGCUUCUACUCAAUUGCCUUCUCUUUCAGUGCCUUCUUCAAAACAACAAUCUCAUCUGCACCACUCUUCAUCAUGUGUGUCUGCAUCUCCGAAAACUAGUGGUGUUAGCACUGCAGCGGCUGAUUCAGAAUUCGUUACGAGAGCUGAAUAUAAUCGUCUUCAAGCGAAGUUCGAUGAGUUUCGUAACGAAAUGAAUCAGCGAUUGAUAAUUCUUGAAGCAAAACUCGUGAAACAGUCCGCUGCUAUCUAA